GCUGGUCCCAGUGUGUUGACGUGAGGAGGAGCCGUGGUGACUGUCUCUGAAAUGUCAGAGGAUGCAGAGCUCAGGAGGCGGCAGGAGGAUCCAGCUCCUUCGUGCACGACCCCGCUCGUCCAUCUGCAGAAGGGCCUCGCCUCCUGAGCCAGCUGCAUCAUGGGAAGUUCCACCUCGUCUCUUGUUGAAGAGCUCGAGGGGGAAGCUGCACCUCGGGGUGCGGCUCUGCCCCCCUCCCCCACCAUGGGGUGUUUGAGGAGCAGCCAGAGCACCUUCCUCCCCCGACAGCUUCCCCGAGCCGGCAGGCACAGGGAGCGCAGUUUCUCCUCUGGUUCGAUGCCAAUGCAGAGGAGCCAAUGGGCUUGCGGCUGCUGUACUUUCCUGAACGCAGCCGGCGCCCCCCGCUGCUCUAUCUGUGAAGCCCCACGGCAAAUACCCGACAGCCGGUGGAUGUGGCCCGGGAACAGCAGGGAGGACGCUCGCUGGUCCUGCCCACGCUGUACACUGGCCAACUCCCCCAACAGCCUGGCCUGCUCCCUCUGUGGCUUCACUGGCUCGCUGGACCGACGCCGGAGCUCCUCUGAACACCAGCCUCGGCCCCGGCGCUCCAGCAGCUGCUCGGGGCCCCUGAGGACAUCGACGACCGAACCGUCCAGGCAGCAGAACAGGACAUUUCCAGGAGACGCAGAUGAACGCAGCCUGAUUUGGGAGUGUUUGAGGUGCACUCUGCAGAACACCCCUACCUCCAUGUCCUGCUCUGCCUGUGGGGGCCCACGCAAACUGUCCCUCCCCCAGAUUCCUGCUGAGGUUCUGCUCAUUCCUGAGGUCUGCGAUCAAACAGGAACCCAACAGCCUGAACCUGCAGCGGCGGCGCUUUCACUUUCCAUAUCCGCCCGAGGAGAGUGUUUACCUGUGGAAGCUUCGUAUCCGGACACAGACUCAAUGCUCGGUGCUUCAUCUUCAGCUCAUAACAAUCCACUUCCCUGCAGUCGCAGAGAGGUGCCACCUCCAGAUGUUUCCCUCAGUCAAGCACAGAACGUGAGUCCUCCUUCAGCUCUGGCAGUUUCACAUCUGUCCGCCCAGCCAGAGCUGCUGCCCGGCAGGCGACUCAGCAUCCUCAAAGAGGAGAUGUCACCACUGUCUCCUGCAUCCGACGGCUCCGGGUCGUUUCCACCCUCCAUGCUCUCCGUCAAUCGGACCGAGGAGUGGUCAUGUCCGGCGUGCACGCUCAUCAAUAAGGUCGAAGCCAAACACUGCCUGGCCUGCCACACCCCUCAGCGACACGCCUCCCAGCUCAGACCAGCAGAGUCCCCGAAGAGGAAGGAGAGCGUGAUGGUGGAGGCGCUGCGACAGAGCGAUGAGGGGGAGGCCAAAGAGCUGUGGGAGAACAUCGUCAGCUUCUGCAGGGAGAACGCGGUGACGUUCGUGGACGAUAGUUUUCCUCCGAGUCCGAAGUCCGUCGGAUUCCCGGUGGACGACAACGUCCAACAUCGGGUCAAAAAGUGGCUCCGCCCACAGGAAAUCAGCUGCAGCAGCUUCAGAGACCGGGGGGUAAAGUGGUCUGUGUUUCGCACGCUUCGCCCAUCUGACAUCCUGCAGGGACUUCUGGGUAACUGCUGGUUCCUGAGCGCCCUCGCUGUUCUGGCCGAACGUCCUGAUCUGGUGGAGAAGGUGAUGGUGACCCGCUCGCUGUGCGCAGAGGGAGCCUAUCAGGUGCGUCUCUGCAAGGACGGCUCGUGGACCACGGUGCUGGUGGACGACAUGCUGCCGUGCGAUGAGACCGGGCACCUCCUCUUCUCUCAGGCUCAGAGGAAGCAGCUCUGGGUGGCUCUGAUAGAAAAAGCUCUGGCCAAGCUCCACGGCUCCUACUUCGCUCUGCAGGCAGGUCGGGCCAUCGAGGGCCUCUCCACGCUGACCGGGGCCCCCUGCGAGUCUCUGGCCCUCCAGGUCAGCGCCACCAACCCCAAAGAAGAACCCAUCGACACGGACCUGAUCUGGGCCAAACUGCUGAGCUCUAAAGAAGCAGGUUUCCUGAUGGGGGCGUCUUGUGGAGGAGGCAACAUGAAGGUGGAUGACGCACAGUACGAGUCUCUGGGUCUACGUCCCCGACACGCCUACUCCGUCCUCGAUGUGCGGGACGUUGACGCUCACAGAUUACUGCAGCUGAGGAACCCGUGGGGUCGAUUCUCCUGGAUGGGGCCGUGGGCCGACGAUUGGCCAAACUGGCCUCCGCACCUGAAGAGGGAGCUCUGCACCCAGCGAGCCGAGGACGGACUGUUCUGGAUGGACUUCUGGGAUUUCAUCAGGUACUUUGACUCAGUGGAUAUCUGUAAGAUUCACUCGGACUGGCAGGAGCUCCGGGUUCCAGGAGUUUUCCCCCGAGGAGCCGACGUCCCGGUGACGGCGGUGUCCCUCACGGUGCUGGAGCGAUCAGCUGUGGAGCUGGCUUUGUUCCAGCAGGGCAGCAGGCGAUGGGACACAGCGGAGAGCCACCUGCUGGAUCUGUGCCUGCUGGUGUUCCGAGUGGCCUACAGCACCUCGGGCUCCCUGACGCUGGGGCGCCUGCUGGCUCACAGCCGGCGCUCGGUGAGGAGGUUUGUGGGCUGUGACGUCAUGUUGGAGCCGGGCGAGUACGCUGUGCUCUGCUGCGCCUUUAACCACUGGACCGGCUCCGUCACAGAGGGCACAGUGGGCAGCUGCCGAUCUGAGCCGCCUGGUUACACGCUCGCCGUCUACAGCUCCCGGCUCGUGAUGGUGGAGCAGGUUACGGCCUCCAACACCACCAUCGCUGACGCCAUCAUCCAGCUGACAGAGACCAAAGGAGAGAGGCACGAGGGUCGGGAGGGGAUGACCUGUUUCUACCUGACCCACGGGUGGGCGGGGCUCAUCGUCAUGGUGGAGAACAGACACCCCAGACAUCACCUGCACGUGUCGUGUGACUGCAGCGACAGCUUCAACGUGGUGUCGACACGCAGCAGCCUCAUAACCAUCGACAGCAUCCCUCCUCUGCACAGGCAGGUGCUGGUGGUUUUGUCUCAGCUGGAGGGAAACGCUGGAUUCUCCAUCACACACAGACUGGCUCAUCGUAAAGCCGUCCAGGCGUCUCUGGGGAACUGGAGUCCUUCGAAGGCGACUCACAGUCCAGCUCUGAGCCCAGAGACUGCAGGUCUGCACCAGCCUCGACCGCUCUGACCACGAAACUCCUCCACUACCGAUCUCAGCCUCUGUAAAGGAACAGUCCGACUCCGGGAGACGUCUGUUUGCCUCAUUUGACUCUUUGAUGGAAAACAGGAAUAAGUUUAUUCCAACAAAGAGAUCAUCACGUGUAGUGAGCAGAAAGACUUAGGUCACAUGUGGUUUAACAUUGAGUCUGAGCUGCUCUGAGGCAGAAACAGAUGAGAGGUUAAGAACUCAAUACAACACUGGAAUCAUCCUUUAACAUAUGCUGAUCAUUUUAAAUGAUCUUCUGUAAAAUGUUCAGAAAACAUCUCUGUCCUCCGACUGUCCAUCGCUGCAGCUCCUCUUUUCAGCCUCUGUCUCAAACACUUGGUUGUAGCUCCUGUCUCUUUAAGACCCCCCCUCCUGAUGAAGUCUGCUCUGAUUGGUCUGGGGCUUCAGUGUUUCCUGUGCAGGAGAGGAACUAAACUCGCCACAGACUUUCUAACUGAGCAGAACUUUCACUUUCACACUAAAGGAAAGAAACACUGAAAAAACAUCACAUGUCUCCUUCAAGUGAGAAAUGAGAUGUUUGUGAUUUUGGUGGACGAACAGAUGAGAUGAUGUAUUUUCUGUCUCAGAGCAGCUCCGGCUCCAUCUCCUGUGUGAUCCACAAACAGAAGCUGCUGGUCCCAGUGACACGAAGAGAGAAAACACACGUGAAGCACUUGUAUGAUCUCUGCUCUCCGUCUUCACUGCUGAGAAAUGAAGACGUGUUAUUAUCUUUGUUAGUGUGAAGCGGCAGCUGAGCUGCAACAUGUUUCCAACAUGUCGGACGCUUGAAUAAAGUUUUAGUUUAGAGAUACAGCACAGACUCGCUGUGUGACUGCAUUCGCACUUUAUGAACUUUAAACUAUGCUGUUUUAUUUAAGAGACGUUUCAAACUUGCUAAAUGGGCACAAAUAUUUUAUUUUCAUGAAUCCAUACGAUCAUCAUGUUUUCAGAGGGAAGAUGGAAAAACUAUGCAAAUGUUUGAAAGUUGUCUUUAUGCUUCGUCAAUUAAAAUAUGUGCAGCUCUUUA